GGAAACAAGAUGGUCCAGUUGAGAAGGGAUUCAGCAUCUGCACUAACAGUGUGACAUGGGGAACUUGUCUCGAUCGGGUAGCAAAGUCAGAAAGAAAGGUGCUCCUGAUCCAAGCCCUGAAGGACCGAACUAUUCUACCAUCCCUUUCAAAUUCCAGACCAAAGUGAUCUCCAACACUGAAAGAAUAGGUUUUAAUUCGCAGACAAAAAGGUUUCAGGAGAUAGAGAAUGAAAAUCCUGGCCCAGGAUGCUAUAACAUUACCCAUCCAUCGGCAGUUCAGAACACUGUCUCCCAGUCCCGAAAGGGAACUUGUUUUUUUCCUUCGUUGGAUGUGCGGAUCGCCCGCCAGAGGAUCCCCAGCUACCCUGCUGCCAAUGCCUAUGACCUCCCGCCUACUUUCCAGUCCAAGCGAGACUUUAGCCUGGGAUAUUCCAGUAUGUUCCAGCAACCGAUCGCUAGGAAGAUUUCCAAAAGAUCCACCCCAGCGCCCAACCAAUAUAAUGUCUCAAGGGACCUGAGCAAGCAGAACGGCUACAGGGGUGUCAAGUCGGUGUUCACAUCGAAAACGAAACGAUCGCUGACGCUCUACGGAAAGGACCGAGUACCUUCUCCAUGUCAUUACGAAAUCAAUGAUUCCUUUGUUCGGCAGGCGCCAACCGCGUUGGUGUCCUGCUUCAGGUCGAGAACAAAGCGCGAAACCAAACCAGAGACGCUGAGCCCAGGACCUGCAGCGUAUCAACAGCCGGACAAAAUCCCAGCAGCGACACCCAGAAUUAAGUUUCCUGGCCUGCGGAAAUAUGGCUUGAAUUUCUCAGCCCCACCUCUCCCUCGUCCCAAAAGUCCCCCUUCACCAGGACCAGGCCAGUACGAAAUAGCCAACUUCAGUGGAGCACCGAAGCAUUACAUCUCCAGCGCCGUAUUUGUCUCUAACACAGGCCGCUGGUCAGGCGAUACAUUCAACGAAGAAGUGCCAGGCCCAGGGGCAUACAACCUUCCCAUCCCACGGAAGCAGUCCUUCAUUUACAAUGCGGAAAAUAAAUGGCUGCCAGCCUUAUAAAGCACUGGAGCCAGCAAUGAAGAUUUGGCUGGACCUUUUCUUCUUGUUGCAAGCGCUGCAUUGGGCUGUUAAAAAUUAACACUGCAUGCACUAAUCUGGGAAGAAGAAAAUAAUACCCAACAGCUGGAAUCCUGUACAGUAUUUCCGUCAAGCUGGUCACUGAAUCAUUCACAUUUUUUUUUUCCAAUUGGCAUCACUCAGGCCAGAAGAAAAAAAGGUUUGUUUUGUUUUUUCAACAGAACACAGAUGAUCAUUUCAAUGUCAGCUUCAGGCUGGCGUUCAUACCAAUAUUGAUUUAUAAAAGAUGAA